AGCCAGUCCAGCCCAGCAACAUUGAUGGCUCCCGCUGAUCUCAGGACGUCAUGUUCCUCCCAGUGGGCAAGGUCCUCGCCAACUCGGUCAAUGUGAUUGCAAGGGGUACGUGGCUCUCGUCUGCCGAGGCGGCGAGCAGCUCCGGGUCCUGCUCAAAAACGAGCUCGGCGUUACGAGCUCUCUGCCGCGUGACUCACGGAAGGCUGAGUGCGUGAGCGAGAAUGAUGCCACGACGAGGCAGCCUUGCAACCACACUUCAUCUAGAGAGCGCUGUUUGCUGCUGCCAGUAUUGCUCCAUCCUCACCCUCUAGAACCCAAGUAUAUAUAAAUCAAGGGCUUGGCACCUUUCUUUCCAUUCGCCAUCCCCCGCUCAACAGACACAUCUCAACUCUCAAGCCAUGAAGAAGGCCAGAAGAGCAAUCGAGCUCGAUGGUCGGACAGGCGAAGGGGGCGGCCAACUGGUCCGCAUUGCCUGUGGCCUCUCCGCCCUCACCUCACAGCCGAUCCGUAUCCACCACGUCAGAGGCAACCGCGAAGGCGCCCGCGGCGGCGGUCUCAAGGCCCAGCAUCUCUCGGCCAUCGAGUGGCUCGCCUCUGCCACCCAGGCCCAGACUGAGGGCGUGUCAAUACGCUCAAAGUCAUUCGAGCUGCGGCCUUCCUUGCCACCCACGAGCCUCACCCAGCGCAAUAUCAAGAUCGUCGCAGACACGCCUGCAGCAAGCACCCUCCUCAUCUUCCAGGCCAUCUUCCCCUUCUUGCUGUUCGCGGGCACCGAGGACGACGAGCCCAUCAUUCUGGAGAUCCAUGGUGGCACAAAUGUCAGCUGGUCCCUCUCGUAUGAGUAUCUCGAUCAGGUGCUGCUUCCAACCCUCAAGGAGCAGUUCGACAUCGACGUAGAGCGGCGACUUCUGAUACGUGGCUGGGCGCAAGGCAGCCAGCGCCGUGGUACCGUGUGGUUCAAGAUCAAACCUAUCCGGCCCGGCCAGACGCUAAAGCCACGACUUCACGGCGAGCCAACCAACCAGAGCCCAAAACCGGGGGAGACCCCCAGGCUUGACCGCAUUGACGUGAGCCUGAUUGUUCCGUCAAAUAUGCAGUCGGCCUUACAAAACGCUAUAUCCUCAGACCUCGAGGACCUGUUCCCAGAUACGAGUGUCCACUUCAUCGUCAGCGAGGACAGUGGGCAUGAGUCUCGGAUAUAUAUCCUGCUCGUCGCCCACUCCACGCCACUCACCAUCAACGGCUCCGCCGCAACCGUUGAAGAGCCGUUGACAUACUACCGACGUUGGGGCCGCGACUUUGGCGGAUACGGCCAGGAAUUUCUGUACGAUAAGAGGACGCGCAAAAAGAUGUCGCGCGAGCAGCUAUGCCACGGCAUAUCCCGGACCGUGUGCAAGGACUUGUAUACGGAGCUCAGCAAGGGCGGCGUCGUCGACGAGUACCUCCAGGACCAGCUCGUCGUGUUCCAGGCCCUUGCCGACGGCAGGACGAGCUUUCCGCGCGACGAGGAGGGCGAGAGCGGGCGGCGUAUUGACGACGACAUGGUCCAGAGCUUGGGCAAGCUGUCGCUCUCCGGAGACGCGCCCGCAGUAGUUGCGAGUAGCGAUGGUCCGAGGCUGAGGAAGGACAAGACUCAUGAGCCUUUUGGGCAAGGCUCCACGCAUACCACGACAGCGAGAUGGGUCGUCAGCGAGCUGAUACCACAGGCCGUGUGGUUCAACAGGGCCAGCAUCUGUGAUGGUGGUGCUGUGUCUAUCAAUGGCCCCGGCAGCGAUGAGUGAUGACAUAGCUUUGGAAGAGUCGUAUAUUGUUGUUUUCGGAAACACGUGGGGGUUGUGACCAGAGAGGCACGGCAAACAAACCACCGCAGACAUGUCCACGGGUGCCUUAUCCGCAAA